AUGGCCCUGAACCGUCGUGAUCUUGUCUUGCUGGCCGCCGGUGGGUUUAUUGCGUGGGGCCUGGCCGUCCGUUGGAUUCCCGUUCUGCGGUUUCUGGGGUAUGCCGUAGGACUCGGCAUCCUCCUUGCGUCGGCCAUUUUAUUCGCCCUCGUCCUCUUGACCGUCCAGACCCCGAGCCUCGCGAGCACUGCUCGUCCGAAGAACCCGUGCGUUGCAGCCGUCGCUUCUCGUCACUGGCGAGAGGAGUCGCAGGGUCUGCAAAGGCGCUCCGCUUACCAGCCAGCCUCUCUCUUUCCUCCGUCCUUCGUUGUGUCGGAAGCCAUUGAUGACAUCUUGGCUCUUCUCGUCCGAGACUUCGUCGCAUCCUGGUACAAAAGCAUCAGCCCAAGCCCGGUUUUCGUGAAUGAGGUGGAUCGUGUCAUCAGAAUAGCGAUUGGCAACCUGCGCGAUCGGAUUGUGGAGGAAGACCUGGUGUCUCUCGUCGUAUCUCGCGUGUUCCCUCUCUUGACAACGCAUCUCAACGAGUUUGACGUCGCCGAGCGGUCGGUGCGUGGGCGCAACCUGACGCGGAACGUCACCGAAUCGGAGGAACUGGAUCUCGCCAUUGCGAGCAAGUAUCGCGAUGGCCAUCUGCAUCCCGCUGCUGCGCUCUCGCUUGCCGAUCAAAAGCUGGUGGAGCAGGAAUACCUCCGAAAGAUUGCAAAUGCGCUACUGCCCCAACUACUCCCGGAGACUGUUCUCAAAAGUCGCAUCGUCUCGGUGUUGGUCAGGGAGCUAUUGUCUUGUGCCGUUCUUUUCCCCUUGGUGUCUGCGAUGUCAGACCCAGACACGUGGAACCAGCUGAUGGAGGCCUAUGGGAGGACUGCUCUUCAGGAUCGGAAAACGGUGCGUAAGCUCCGAGCCGCGUUGGAUGAGCAUGCGUCUCCCGCCUCGAAGUCAAAAAACGCCCGCCAAUUUCCCCGGCUUGGCCCAAAUGAUUCCGAGCGUGCUUUCGAACGUUUUGUCCGUGCCAUCCGGCGGUGCAACAAUCUCUCAGAUGCCAGGCGGUUCCGGGCCCUCGUCGCGAGCCAAUUGAAGCGAGAGACCAUGGUUGAAGGGCAAGACCAGGUUUAUUUGCGGCGUUUGGAAACUGGGAAGAGAGUUUUGGAUCAGAAGGUAUCCAAGCUUUCAACCAGUGGCGGUGGCCCGGUCUCGUACGCCUCCGCGGCAACGUCGCACUUUCACCGUAAAAACUCCUCCGCGUCCCAUGAGGUUUCGUUGGUGGAUGUGAUGCACGAUGCUGCCGGACUCUCCUACUUCAUGGAAUUCAUGGAUCGUCAGCAGCUCAUGCCUCUGGUGCAGUUUUGGAUUGUUGUCGACGGGUUCCGCAAUCCGCUUGAAGAUGAUUUUGGCGACGAAAAUGCCCCAGGCUCGACCCACUGGACAACGGCAGACCGAAAUGAUAUGGCGCUGAUAAGUGAAACAUAUCUCUCGAAGAGCGAGCUCAAAGUGACUCAGGAAUCACGUCAAGCGGUGAAAGCAUUCUUGAAUGCGGGCAAGCGGGCUACUCCUGAGCAGUACCGGAGAGCUAGAACAGUGGUUUUGACCACCCAGUCGGCGGUGUUGGAGGAGCUCCAGAGCACCUAUUAUCCUAAAUUCAAGCAUUCCGAUUUGUACUAUAAGUAUCUCGCCUCAGACGAGGCCUCGCAUCCGCGCUCUCAUACCUCACCAGUGCCUCAGCAGCCCUCUUCCGCAACGGAAGCUCCCGAAAGGCGGCCUCUUCCCCCGUUAAUGGGUCGCACGGCAUCACAUCCAGGAAUCAAACCAAAGGACCUUCGGAGGGCCGCUGUUUCCUCGAGCGAUGUUCGAAGCAUGAGCAAAUUGUUUGAUGAUGACGAGCCUCUCCGACGAUCCUUCGACUCGGAGCGGUCGGUUCCGCUGUUCGAUGAUGACUACGACACAGACCCUCUUGCUAUGUCGACCAACAGUCUGGGGCGGGACUCACAGAAUGGCGAGAACGAAACGAACCAAAACCAGGUGAUUGAAACGAUGGAAGCUGCGUUGAACGAUAUCAUCACCGGCGAGCCAAAGAAUGGCAGGCUGGAGGAUCUCAAGGGCGUGGAUUUACCUUCAACCGGAUUCCUAGGCAAUGACUCGGCGUCGAAAUCUCCCCGGAGCUCGUUGGAAUCGGCACGGGCAGACGACAAAGCGAAGCCCAGCAUUGCCUCGCUAGGGCUUGUAGACCAGUCCUCACGCCUAGGAGUCUUUGCCGAUGAUCUCUUCCCCGACCAGCAGAAGUUCAUCGAGGAUGAGUACGAAGAGCCGGUGGGUAUCGACGACAAGGAUCCGGCCGACGAGGUUCUGAAGGCCGCCCCAGGCGAUCUGGGGCUGACGGAGGCGGUUGAAGCGCUCACCGCAGAUAUCGAGAAACUCGGAUCGCAAGAUGCAGUGGUCGACGCUCUGACCCGGAAGGCCGAGCUCACCAACAACACCGCCGAAUUGAGGAUUCUUCGAAAAUCCAAGGCGAGCAUCCGCCGGGAAAUGCAGCGUAAGGAGAUGCAACGACAGCAGUACAUCAUCCAAGAGAGUGACAACAGCUUGUAUGGUCGGUCGGCCGUUCGAAUCAAGUCCAUCGUCGUGGGCAAGGAAGAAGACGGCCGAGAGUUUGCCAUGUAUGUGGUGGAGGUACGAAGAAAUGCUGGCGAGCAGAUGCCCGCGGCGUCGUGGGCCGUUGCUCGCCGAUACAGCGAAUUCCAUGAGCUCCAUCACAAGCUACGCAUGAGGUACCCGUCGGUUCGCAACCUGGAGUUUCCUCGGCGCCGCAUGGUCAUGAAACUACAGAAGGAAUUCUUACAGAAACGGCGGCUGGCCCUCGAGGCCUAUCUGCAAAGACUGCUGCUGCUGCCAGAGGUAUGCCGCAGCCGAGACCUGCGCGCGUUUCUGUCCCAGCGAGCCAUCAUCCCCCGCGACGAGACUCCUCGUGAGGGAGAGACCAAGGAUCUCGUGACUCGGAUAUACAACUCGGUUGCCGAUGGCAUGGAUGACUUUCUAGGGAAUUUCGGCGUGUUGGACCAGCUUUCGACAGCCGGGCAGAACCUCAUUUCCGCCGCGACCACACAGCAGCAUGGUCCAGCUUCGGAGUCCGGACUCGCCACCGAGGAUGCGGUGACGGCGGCGGAGGCGGAAGCCGAACUGAAUGCAUUUGAAGAUCGUGAACUGGAGCCAUUCAUCAAGCCGAUUUGCGACCUAUUUCUGGAGGCGUUCGAGUUGAACCGAGGGAACAACUGGCUGCGGGGCCGGGCGGUUGUCGUCGUCCUUCACCAGCUGCUGGGUGGCACGAUUGAACGCAAGGUGCGUGAAGGGGCGCGGUCGCUGGUCCAGGACGAGCCGUUGCUGCGGUAUCUCGCGCUGGCCAAAGAGACGCUCUGGCCCGGGGGCUCGCUGCGCCAGAGCAAAGUGCGCACGGCGUCCGAGCGGCUGAAGAGUCGCACCGAAGCCAGUCUGGUCCUGGCCACGCUGGUUCCAGAACUCGCGGGCAACGUCGUGGGACGAGCCAAUGCGCAAGGGGCCGCGCGCCGGAUUUUCGCGACCGUGAACAACCAACGGCUCAACACCCACCUGGUGUUUACCGUCCUGGACGAGAUCGUUUCCGUCCUCUUCGGUGGCGUGCGAUGA